CAAGAGUUGGAAAACAGACAUUAGGUACCACCAAGGAGUAAAACCUAAGCAGCUUCACUGCAGGGCAGUGGAAGUGGAAGAAAAUCAGAAGCCAAGAUAGGAUCCCACUGGCCGUGACAAAAGAGAGAGAGAGAGCAACUCUGCAUGAUGACCAACCCAAGCUAUGAAGCCCAUAUUCCUGUCCCCCCAAAUCCUUCUCCUUACCCUGAAGAAAAACCUCAUGAAGAGUCUGAUUCACUUAAAUUCCAUGUUGAACCAGCAUCUUCUCUGGGCUAUGGGGCAGCUUCCUCAAUGCCAGAACCCCCACAGUACCAGAUGUACCAGGAUCCACCUUCUGCAAAGCCCCGACAAGAUCUAUUUGUUGAAUCUCAGGAGGAUAUCUUUAUUUCACACAUCCAGACCUCCAGUGAGCCUGACUACCUGCGCUACUCCAUCUGCACCAUGUUCUGCUGUUUCCUACCCUUCGGAAUUGUGGCUGUGAUUUAUUCCAUAAAGACUCAAGAAUCCAACCGAAGUGGAAACAAUACAGCUGCCCGAGAGAACUCCAGGCUGGCCCGCAUAUUUAUCUAUUGUGCAGUUGGCGUUGGAAUCAUUUUGUGGACUCUGUACAUCACCUUAGCUAUACGCCACUCCUAG